AUGGAUCUAAAACUCCAUAUUCCUUCGGGAAAUCUGGAAUCUAAAGAAAAUGAACCUGAUUUUUAUGAUCUGUUGUGCCAAACAGAGAAUAAGACUUUUGCCUUCUUCAGUGAUACAUUGAAAACUUACAUCGUAUUGAAAUCAAAUGUAGUGAGUCAAGAGGAAUUUCAGGAUAUGGUCCAACAGUACACUUCAAUUGAUUUCAAAAUCACUUUAUCUGCUCAUAAUGGAGACGAUGAUAUUGACCCUGAUGUUAUAGCUUCGGCCCAUCUAGAUACAACAAAUAUAGUGAAGCAAAGCACUCUUGAAAAUGGUACACAUUAUAUUAUCUGGCAAUACAGUACUGAUAUCAAAUAUCCACAAAGGAAAAUGAUCAAUCCCUCGGCAGCAAUUUUUGUCAGGUUGAACAUCAAGUCUAGUGCUCCAUCAAGAUUACAGAAUGGUGAUUCUGAGCAGAAUCAAGCGGAAGAAGCUCUUAUUUCUUCGAACAAUCUUCUAGCUGGAAUCAAUAGUGGAAUAACCACACUAUCACUAUCCGAUCCCAUUAUAUCUGAAGAUAUGAUUGAAGAUGGCGCAAAUGGCCUCAAUCUUAACAAAAGUUUACCCUCAAUAGACUCUGUAACGUCGAAUUCCUUAGACGAAUCCAGCUUUAUCAGAAGUUCUUCGUCUGAAGUGGUCGAUCACAGCAACAAAUCACUUCUACUUCAAAGUGAAUACUCCAUUCCUUUGCUGUCACUCUUAAGCAUGAGAUUAAAAUCAAAGAAACUAAUCUCCUCAAAUAAUAGCAUAUUAUCCACACUAGAGAUUCGAUCUCCAAAAUUCACAACGGAGAAGAAUAUAGUACUGGAGGUUUCUAGCGUCAAUUUAGUACUUUCCAAUGGGGAUGUGGAACCAGUUGAACAUGAUAGAUUUCCCUUGCAACUGGAGCCCGGAAGCAUACUCAAAUCUCUUUACCGACUAACAAAUAAUGAUUCUAAGUCAAUGAAAUUGGUUUCUAUACAAGUCUUAGCCAAGAUGAAAGAAAAAGUCAAAAAAAAUUUAUAUCAGGAUAUUAGCACUGCCAUAAACACCAAGUGGGAUACUCAUAUAGACUUUGCAGUCCCAGGAACAGUACCCAGACCGUCCACUCCAGCAAAAUCGUACUCAUCGCCAACUAAACCAACGACACCACAGUUUUUGGGCAGGAAGCAAGACCUUAAACUCUCCUUACGAAAUACGAGUGUAGCAAAUUUGAAACAAAAACCCAAACUUCCAGCAUUCGCAGGACUCAGCAUCUCCUUCUCGAGCCCUAGCAAAGUGGCUGUGGGCUCAGUUUUCAAGUGGAAAGUUCAAGCAAUCAACAAGGGAAAUGCAUCUAUGAACCUGACAUUGAUUAUUCAACCACCUUCCGACCUUAUCUUUGAGAAAAAGAUGCCAGAUCCUCCUUCUAUAAAUAACCGGACUGAACUACCCAUAUUUUCUUCGGGUACUUUGUUUAAAUCAUAUCAAAGUUUGAAACCGACAACUCAUGGAAUCAUAGCAUUGCGAAAUGACAUUAAUAUCGGUCCUUUGGAACAUGGAGCGUUAUAUGAAUGUGAAAUUGAUCUUCUAGCUUUUGAGAAGGGCGUUCAUACUUUAAAGGGUCUCAAGCUGGUUGAUAGAAUUAACAAUCAGAUAGUAGAAUGUGGAAGACUCCCUGUUUUAAUUGUUAAUUGA